CUCGUGACCACCUAACAUAACCUCAAAGUCCAAAGUCAACACGGGAAUGUCAAUCGCUUUCACCGUGUUUUUACCAAAUUUGCUCCGUGUCAAGUCUUUCACAGCCUACAAAAUGAGCGCCCAAAAGUGCACAGUCGCGGUUUGCCAAUUCACUGCCACCAACAAUAAAGAAACUAACCUCAAAAUAGUCAAAGAGCUCGUCUCCGAAGCGGCCCAGAAAAGCGCCAAAGUGGUGUUCUUGCCCGAAGCCAGCGACUACAUAGCCACAAGCAAAGAAGAAGCCAAAGCGUUAGCUGAGCCCCUCACUGGGACCCUCAUGAACGAGUACCAAAGUCUAGCGAAAAACCAAAAAGUGUGGCUUUCUGUGGGGGGUUUUCACGAAUUGACGCAAACCAACAAUGAGACGAAAAUUUUUAAUUCGCAUGUUUUGAUCGACGACACGGGUGAGAUCAAGUCGAUUUACAAAAAAAUGCACUUGUUUGACGUGAGUAUUCCUGAGGCGAACGUGCACUUGAGGGAGUCGGAGACGAACGUGGCGGGGAACGAGAUUGUGGCACCGACGAUAACGCCAGCGGGCCCCCUUUCCCUGGCGAUAUGCUAUGAUCUGAGGUUCCCUGAACUGAGUGUUCUUCAGCGCAAACAAGGGGCGAGUAUUUUGACCUAUCCCAGUGCUUUUACUCACGCUACGGGUCUGCUCCACUGGGAGGUAUUACUCAGAGCUAGGGCUAUAGAAACGCAAUGUUACGUGGUAGCGGCGGCUCAAUAUGGCAAACAUAACGAAAAACGAACGUCGUUUGGGCAAGCCCUAAUUGUAGACCCGCAGGGUAAAGUCGUCGCUGAAUGUCCGAAAUUCCGCGACGGGCACUACUCCAACCAGAGCGUCGCACUCGCCGAAAUUGAUCCAGAGUUAAUCCGGAAAGUCAGACGGGAAAUGCCGGUGUUUGAGCACAGACGGGACGAUAUAUACCAGCUGGAAACAGUCGGGAAUCCCAGUCUUCCUAUCACUGACAACGUAGUAUACAAAUUUUCCGAGAAAGUCAUUCCAGAAAGUACCGUUUUUUACAGGACUCAGUACUGUUACGCUUUCACAAACAUCCGCUGUGUGGUACCAGGACAUGUGCUAAUUUCGACUUUGCGCUGCUGCCGCAAACUCGAGGAUUUAACGGAAGCCGAAGUGAGCGACUUGUUUAAGACUGCGGUCAAAGUGCAAAAGGUCAUGGAGGAGGUGCAUAAGACGACGUCCACUACGUUGUGCGUCCAGGACGGGCAGUACGCUGGUCAAACCGUUCCACACGUCCACAUUCACAUUUUGCCGAGGAAAGCCAACGAUUUUGAGCGCAACGACGAGAUUUACGAUCGAUUGGCGCAGCACGAUCGACAAGAUAGUGGCAUGCCGCUGCGGAGCAACGCAGAGAUGAGUGAAGAAGCCGCACUUUUGCGAAAAUAUUUUUAUUAGUGUGUCGAAGUGCUUAAUAAAUCUUUUUUUUAAGUGUUUUA